AUGUUAAAAAGAUCGCUCAACUUAGCUGAGAAUGGAAUAAAAAUGGCUAUACCAAGUGUUAAGCAGUCAUAUAAAAAUAUGCUAGUAGAUCCAUCUGUGAAAUACAAGCCCGCAAACCGCAUCAGUUUACCAAACAGGAAAUGGCCUGAUAAUGUUAUCACAAAGGCUCCUAGGUGGCUCUCGACGGACUUGAGGGAUGGUAACCAGUCAUUGCCAGACCCAAUGAACCUUGAGGAAAAGAAAGAAUAUUUCCAUAAGUUAAUUGAAAUUGGAUUCAAAGAGAUUGAGGUUGCAUUCCCAUCUGCAUCUCAGACAGACUUUGAUUUCACGCGUUAUGCUGUUGAACAUGCUCCUGAAGAUGUUACUAUACAAGGUUUAGUGCAGUCUCGUGAUCAUUUGAUUGAAAGGACUGUUGAGGCCUUAACUGGUGCUAAAAGAGCUACGGUGCAUGUUUACCUUGCUGUGUCUGAUACCUUUAGGGAGGUGGUUUUUAAAAUGUCAAAAGAAGAGGCUAUUGCUAAGGCAGUUGAGGCUACCAAGCUUGUACGGAAGUUAACAAAGGAUGAUGUGAAUCAACAAGGUACGAUCUGGAGUUAUGAAUUCUCUCCUGAAACCUUUUCUGAUGCUCCUGUUGACUUCAGUUUGGAGGUUUGUGAAGCUGUGAAAGCGGCCUGGGAACCAACAGUUGAAAAUCCAAUCAUUUUCAACCUGCCAGCUACCGUUGAAGUUGCUACGCCUAAUGUUUAUGCUGACCAAAUCGAAUACUUUUCAACCCAUAUUUCUGAGCGUGAGAAAGUUUGUAUUUCCGUGCAUACCCACAACGACCGUGGUGGCGCCGUUUCCGCAACGGAGCUGGGCUUGUUAGCAGGUGCCGACCGUGUAGAGGGUUGUCUUUUCGGAAAUGGUGAACGUACAGGAAAUGUGGAUUUAAUUACUGUUGCAAUGAACAUAUACACUCAAGGUGUAUCUCCUAAUUUGGACUUCUCAGACCUUAAAUCAAUAAUACAGGUAUCAGAACGUUGCAAUAAACUCCCGAUACAUCCUAGAGCUCCAUACGCUGGUGAACUAGUCACUUGCGCAUUCUCCGGUUCUCACCAAGACGCCAUCAAGAAGGGUUUCGCAGAGCAGAGGAAGAGACGCGCCAAAGGAGACAAGACCUGGAGAAUACCUUACCUACCCGUGGAUCCAAAAGACAUUGGAAGAAACUACGAAGCUGUUAUCCGUGUCAACUCACAAUCCGGAAAGGGUGGAGCAGCAUGGGUUAUUUUGCAAGCAUUGGAACUUGAUCUACCAAGAUUGCUCCAGAUUGAAUUUUCAAGUAAGGUUCAGGACCAUGCCGACGAUCUAGGCAGAGAGUUGCAAGUCGAUGAGAUAGUUGAGCUUUUCAGAGAUAAUUAUAGUUAUGAAAAAUCCUACAAUCACAUUGUCUUGCAGAACUACUCUGUUAACAACCUGGACCUUGAGAAGCGUUCUUUCACUGCGCAAGUUGAAAUCGCUGGGAAGUCAGUAUACCUACAGGGUGUAGGUAACGGUCCAAUCUCCUCGUCUUUAGACGCCCUUUCAAAGUUCCUAAACAUCAAAUUGGAGGUUCUUAACUACACGGAACACGCAAUGGGUUCCGGAUCAUCUGCUAAAGCUGCCUCGUUCAUCAACCUAUGUUACUCCAAUCCUGCAGGAGAUGAUAAGAAUUCACAAUGGGGUAUUGGUGUGUCCAAGGAUGUUAGUGAAGCUUCAAUAAGGUCCAUUUUCUCAAUUAUUAACAAUCUAGUUGAAGCUGGAGAAAUCUCUUUGCCUAAAAACUUUUGA